CACAACUUGACCUUCGCUCCUUCUCAACUCAUCGCCGCCCUCACUCAUCAACCACUUCAAGCCCUGCAAUCCGGGCAACCACAUCCCUCGGAGUCAACAUGUUCGCCAGGCGGUCCCUCUCCGUCAAGGCUCUGCCUACCACAACCUCGUUUGUCCAGACUCAGCUACGAUGCUUGCACGCCAAAGUCGACGCAAAGGACAUACCGAAACCCACUCCCUUCGUCCCGGACUCCCAGACUUUCCUCACACUCAUUGGCCGCAAAAUGUCACAGCACGCCCAAAAGAUCCCCGACUGGAACGCUCUCUUCUCCCUCUCAUCACCACAACUACGCGAACUCGGCGUCGAACCCGCUCGUAGCCGCCGUUAUCUACUCCAUUGGCGCAACAAGUUCCGUCAAGGCUCCUUCGGAAUUGGUGGUGAUUUGACAGACGUCCAGGACGGCGUUGGCGAAUUGAAGAUUGUCGAGGUGCCCGCCGCUUCUGGUACUGCCACCCUCACCAGCUCUCCCGGCAUGCGCAAGAUCGUUGUCAACGUCCCUGCCGGUCAGGACAAGCCUUCGCUACCACUUGACAAGGUCAGACCCGUCCAAGGCACAAAAGUCAUCAGAUCAAACUUGAUCAGUGGCCCCUACGUUGAGGCUAUCAAGGAGAGGCCAGGUACUGCUAAGAUUGUUGCAAAGGAUGGUCUCUGGGAGAUCAAGAGAGGUCACAAGAUUGAUGGUGGUGAGAGAAGAAAGGCUGAAGUGAGGUACAAGAGACGUGUAGAGGAGAGAAAGACCACCAGAGGUUAGAUGUCAUGUUGAGCUUCCUUGUAAAAAUACCAAUGUACCUUCUAUCAUGCCC